UCGACUCACGAAACACUUAUAUAUACGCCUUCCCAGGCGACCGUUUAUUUAUUGAUAUGCCGGCGGCGGCGGCUCGGUCGUCGGCGCGGCGGCGCCGCGCGCGAUGAGCUGCCGUUUGAUCGCCUCGCGCUCGCGCAGCGUCGCGGCCAUGACGGACCGGAGGCGCUCGAGCGCCGCCUCGAUCUCGGCCUGGCGCGCGAGGUUGGCGCGCAGCGCGGCCGCGACCGCCGCGGCGGCCGGGUCUUGGCCCAAGCCCCCCUGCUGCUCGACCAUCGCGUCAAUCUGGUCGCCGUUCUCCAUGUCUAAGUCGCCGGGACACUGCUCGAGAUUCACGCGCUCGCCGUCGACCAUAAGGCGAAUAGCUCUUUCUUCGAUUCCCGCCUUGCUGGCAUACGCGGUCAAGAUCUUCCGGAACUUGGUGGUCUUCUUCACCUUGAAAUGCGUGAGCGCGCCGUGCGAGUCCGAGACCUUGAGGUCCAGUUUUUCGUCGCUUUGGGACGCCUCAGCCAUGGUUUUUGUCACUCCUUGUUGGGAGAGCAACUAUAAAAUAUAGGUGCUCCCGGCGGCUCGGAGCCACCGCGCUCGCUGGCGAAGUACAGAAUGCAGCCUCGACGUGCGUCUUAGCGAAAUGUCGCCUCUUGUAGCGUUCGUAUGCGGGCACACACGAUGUGCAAGAGCUGGCU